AUGGGUGGGAUGACCAGAGCUGACACAAAGCAGGAGCACUUCAUGCGCAGCAUGGGGAAAUUAACUGUCCCUCUGGAGAGGGAGCAGUUUGGCUGCAGCAAAGGGGACGCAGUAGCUAUCGAGACAGAACUACUGAGAGACUACAGGUUUGGACAACAGCAGCUGAUUGAACUUUGGGGACAAGCCUGCGCUCUUGCCAUCACAAAGGCCUAUCCACUGAGUUCUCUGUCCAAAAAGCAGCCUACAGUGCUGGUGAUCUGUGGUCCCGAUCAAAACGGCUCCGUUGGCCUCGUCUGUGCCCGACACCUCAGAAUAUUUGAUUAUGAGCCCACCAUCUAUCACCCAAAACGCUCCGCUCACAGUUUGCACCAGGAUUUUACAAUCCAGUGUGAGAAGAUGGAUAUCCCUUUCCUCUCAUAUCUCCCUACAGAGGUGCAGCUUAUAAAUGAUGCCUACAACAUUGUGAUCGAUGCCAUGCUGGGCCUUGAGACAGACUCAUCCAAUAUUAAGGAGCCAUAUUCUGGGAUUUUGGUCACCCUGAAGCAGAUCAAGAUUCCAAUUGUCAGUGUGGAUGUGCCCUCAGGCUGGAAUGCAGAUGAACCAAGUCAGGAUGGGAUAAACCCAGAAGUUCUCAUCUCGCUUAUGGCACCAAAGAAGUGUGCCCAAAACUUCUCUGGAAAGCAUUUCUUGGCUGGACGCUUCCUGCCCUAUGACAUUCAGAAAAAGUAUGAGCUUAACAUCCCAGACUAUGCUGGCACGGACUGUCUCCUGGAACUGUAGCGCACAGAAACACCCAGCGGUGCAGCCGCUCUUCCACUGGUUGAAUUUUAUAGGUGGUUGCUGUAAUUUAAUGUAAACAUCUUGGUUGUCUAGAUUCCAAAUGCUCUUUAACCGAAUGUGUUGCUGAGCUACUGUAAAACGAUGAUUCUUAGACCCAUGGCUUUGAGUGGUGUGUUUAGGAAAUGGUAUGAAGCGUUUUUUUCUCAGUUGGCACGUGAAAGCUGUAGCACUACACUGUUUUCUAAACUCCAGAGUCAGCAAAGAAAAGAAAAAGUUUUCUAUCCUUACUGUCACUGCUUUUUUUUCUAAGUACCCAAGCUUUUUUUUUCUCAUGUACACCUUCUGUACCCCAUUUCCUGAGUGUGCUGCUAAAAUAAAGUGGUGUAUGUUGGCAUUUCAAAUAGAUAAAUUUUUGUUUUUUUGAUUGUAAAUUAAUUUAGACACAUAUUACAAUCUUUGAGUUAAUGGAUCUGUUUUUCCAGAUAUUUCUUGUAGACCAAUAAUAAAAUCUGUCCAGUU